UUCUAUAGAACCCAUGCAACCUCAUGUUAUAUUAGUUGUCAGAGGCUAGAAAAUACUCACUUGGCAGAUGUCUUGAUACAAAAUCUGUUCCAAAAGUGGACUCUGGAAGAAAAUUUGAAGGAAUCGGUGCAGUGAUGGGUCUCUGUGGAAAUGUCUGGCUGUUUCUAGGUACACUGGCUCUUACUUUUGCAGAUGUUCCUUAUUAUGUUCCACAAAUCACUACUAAGCCACUUCUAGGAAAGCUAACACUCUCAGGCUUUGUGCUGGAACAACCGCAAUGUAUCUUCAACCAGUAUUCUGGUAAUGACAUCUGGCUGGUUGUUGCUCUAAAUAGUGUUGUUCCAAAAUUAAAUUAUACGCAUCUGAGCACACCCAGUCCUUACUCAAGAUUUGAAACCAAUAAAUUCUACCACAUUCUCAAAACCCUUGGAUCUGAAUAUCCUUGUUCUGACACAUCUGUGAAGACUGCUGCAAUGCUUGAGGUUGGCUCGGCGUCCAGCUGCACCAACGUUACUUUCUGUAAUGGAGCACUAUCAAAAACUGGACCUUAUAGAGUGAAAUUUGUUGUGCUAAGUAUGAACGGCACUGUCAUGAUCAAUGAAACACGUUGGUCUGAUUUAAUUUCUUUGAAAACAGGACAGAACCCAUCCCAGAUUGAGCCAUGGCCUGCACGACGUAGUGCAGGCAUGAUAAUCAUUACUGUUAUACUCUCAGUUCUUCUGGCUGUUUUGCUAGCCUGUCUCAUUGCUGCACUUAUUACUAGAAGUAAGGACGUUUGUUGGUGCAAGGAAAUUAACAAUGAAGCAUUUGUGAACAUGGAAGUGAUUGACAACUACAACACUCAUCCUAUAUACGUUUCGCACUCUCAACACAAACUUACAAAAUAGAUCUGUGUGCCCAGCAAGGGGGUUAAUCGAGUGUCCCUCAUCUUAAACAUCCUGUGUAUCUCUGUUUUUACCUUGUAUUUUUUGUGUUAUAUAAAUCGGGGCAAAAGAAGGAAAAGUGGAAAAGGACACUUGGGGGAUUUGAUAAGUAAAUCACAACAAAAGUAUAUUUAAUAAAGGGAAAAAAAUAAAAAUAGCACUCAGUUUUUAUUUA